UUUGGGUCCUGCAGCAGAGCAACCGCAGGCAGAGCUGCUCCUCGCCUGUUGUUGUUGCCGGAUAACGUUUUUUACGAGACAGGAAACGAGACGAGCGCAGAGAGCGACUGCUUUGACUGUGUUAGCACACACAUCUUUAGGACAGAAGUGACCUCGGGAAAACGGCGCCGGAGAAGCCUCUUACAUGAAGCCACCUCACGCAGGUUUGAAGCAGAGAGAAAUUCAGCGGCGGGCCGGUCAAAUCUGAAAUGGGUACCGAGGAGAAAGACUCGGAACCUGCAGCUCAGCCACCAUCAACAGAGAACGGGUCACCGGAGAAGGAGAAGGACUCUCCUGUUGAGCAUCCUCAAACAUCCGAGACCACUGACCCCCUCAACACGUACAAGUGGCACACCGGCUCCAAGGGAACGCUCAACGAGCCGAGGGAGGAAGGCGAUGGAGCUGCAGCGUCCUCCGCAUCCACCAUCGACAAGAUCCAGAAGGCCUCCAGCAACAAGUGGAGCAAGAUGCAAAACUGGCGCAAAGCCCUGAGUGAGGACCCAGGGGACAAAAACUCCACGGGUGGGAAAAGUGGAGACGGAGCCAGGGCUGAGAAGGGGGCAGGGGGCACCAGGAAGAACCCGUUCAGGAGGGCCCUGUCGGAGCCCCCCGGGUCUCUUUUUGCAGCUCUGACGCCUUCCUCCAGCUCCGCCAGCUCAGCUCAGGCAGCCUCGUCCUCUUCGUCGGCCGCCGCGGAGGCUUCAGCGGCCUCCUCCAACGACCCCUCGCCGAAAGGAGGUGGAAUUAAAAAAUACCUGUGGAACGUGACCCAGAAGCUCAAGAGGCCCAGGCUGCAGAGCCGCAACAGCGAGCCGAGACUACUUCCAGAUUUGGAGGAGGUUGAGCCGGCACACGCCUGCGAACCUACAAGACAAGCAUGGGUUCCACCACAGGAGGUCCCCUUGUGGGACAUCGCCAACUGUGUCCUGGAAGAUGGACAAAUCCUCGUUUCCCAGGAGGAUGAGCCGACAACGUGGAUCAGAAACCGUGUCAGCAGCUGCUUGUCCAACCUCAGCGUGCAGAACCUCGCUGACAUCGAAGCAGAAUGCAGCCCCGACCAUGUGGGUCGUCCAGGCGGCCCUCGGCAAAAGACCCAGGACGGCGGCGUGCGGGCACGGAUCAAAAAACGCCUGGAGAAGGCCAAAAGGAACAGCGCCACCCAACUGAACACGGGAUUACACAAAAGCAGGCAGUAUGGUUCCCGUGAGUCUAUAUCAGUUCCCGUGGGGAGUCUGGAUCUGAGCGCCGACACCAGCACUGUCAUCAGACCGGUCCAUAGCUCCAUUUUAGGGGAAAAGUACUGCUUUGAGGUGAUAAACUCAGAAAACACCCACUGCUUCGGCUGCUCCUCGGUUGCUGAGCGGGACCGCUGGAUUGAAGAUCUCAGACGCGCCGCUCAGCCCAAUAAGGAUAACAUCGAGCGCACUGAGAACUCCCUGAGUCUGUGGGUUAAUGAAGCAAAGGAUCUUCCACCCAAACGGCGUUACUACUGUGAAGUUCACCUAGACGGGACCUUGUUCGCCCGCACGACCAGCAGAGCCGUCGGCAAGCCGACAGUUCGCUCCAGCAUGGUUGGGGACAAUGUCUCCGGGUCUUCGGGAGGCCCGGGGGCCGGUGGGGGAGCGCCUGGUGGGUGUCAACUCUUUUGGGGGGAAUUCUUCGAGCUCGACAACCUUCCCUCAGUCUCCCAAAUCAGCCUGCACCUCUUCCGCGAGGAAGACUCCAAGAAGAAGCGCCACUCCAGAGACGAGUUCAGCCUGCACCCGCUGGGCAGCGUCACCAUACCUCUGGCAGAUAUCCGGGGGAGGACCUACCAGGAGAAGUGGUAUCCCAUCAACCCUUUCAAGGCUUCGGCUACAGCUGGGAACAAGGAGGCGCUGAGUCCACAGGCUUCUCUCCGCAUCAAGGCCCGCUUCCAGAACCUGAAAGUGCUGCCGAUGGAAAAGUACAAAGAGUUUGCGGAGCACGUGACUGUGGAUUAUGUAGAUAUGUGCGGGAACCUGGAGCCGCUUCUCAACGUGAAGGAGAAAGAGGAGCUGGCCGGAGCCCUUGUCCACGUACUCCAGAGUAUCGGCAAAGCCAAGGAAUUCCUCAUUGAUCUGGGAGCCGCAGAGGUGGACCGACUCGGAGAGAAGGAGGCACUGAUCUUCAGAGAAAACACACUGGCCACGAAAGCCAUAGAUGAAUACAUGAAGCUGGUUGGCCAGAAGUACCUCAUUGACACCCUGGGGGAUUUCAUCAACCGACUUUACACCUCAGCUGAGAACUGUGAAGUCGACCCACUCAAAUGCCCUGCUGCUGAGCUGUCCAACAACCAGCAGCAGUUGCAGAAAACCUGUGAGGAUGUGGUACAGAAGAUUAUCGAGAACCAUGGACCUUUUCCUGAAGAAUUAAACAGAAUCUUCUCCAAAUGGAUGGAGCUGUGCGAAGACCAGGGCAAAGCAGAAAUUGGGCAGCGUCUAAUCUCUGCCUCCCUCUUCCUUCGCUUCUUAUGUCCGGCUAUUCUGAGUCCGUCUCUCUUCGGCCUGACACAACCGUACCCGGAGCCGAACACCCUGCGGACCCUCACCUUGACUGCCAAAGUCAUCCAGAAUCUGGCCAACUUCACCUUGUUCGGAGAGAAGGAGGAGUACAUGCUGUUCAUGAAUGAGUUCCUGCAGCAGCACUGGGAAGGAAUGAGGUGUUUCCUGCAGACGGCGUCCAAUCAAGAUGCCGAUAUCACAAUGACAUCCUUUGACGGUUAUGUCGAUCUGCCCCUCCGCCUGGCUGUGCUGCACGGCCUCCUGGUGGACAUCAUCUAUAAGAAGGAUCAGGACACAAUCGACAAGCUGCAUCCACUGCCUUCAAUCCUAAACCAGAUAAGUGAAUCACUCGGUCCUGAAGCCCCUCGGAUCACUGUGAACAGCUAUACAGAACAAUCCAAACCCGUGUAUGUUCCUCCCAGAGACUUAAUGAAGUACAGCCCCCACAGGCUGCCUGUGGACUCCAAAGGCCUACGAGACAGUGAAAGCAGACCUCGUAGGAGCAUGAGAGAGAGGAAACCGGUCACCAGAACCCAGAGUGCUCCCCACAGACGUCCCCACAGCAAACAAGCUCUGAAGAGGCAGAGAAGUUCUGAAGCUCUGCCGACAUCCGACCAUGAAGUGGAGGUGGAGCCGGAGGCCAACCAGCCGGUUAUCACCCCCCCAAAUCCUAGUCAAAACACCAAGCGUCCGCCUGCACCAGUUCCUUGGAUCAUUGUCAACCCCAACAGGGAUUCGGGGGAGAUGAAAGCCGAGAACGAGCAGUUCAGUUUACUGGACCGGCACGCCCAGGAGCUGUCCGAGCUCCGUCUGGGAAUAGAGCAGGUGACGGAGCGGGAGCUGGACAUGGCCAAGCGUCUCGAGGACUUCAUCAUCCAAAGUCAGGACCAGAAUGCAAUGCUGCAGGCUGAGGUGGACGAGCUGAGGAACCUGCUGGCUGUGCGAGAGGAGCAGCUGGCCAGCGCCACCUUCAGGUUGGGAGUGAUUGAAGAGGAACGGGAAGAAGAUGAGAGGAACCUCAGUAUUGCGCUUGCAGCAGCCGAGAGAAUGAAUGUGCUGGAGGAACAGUUUGCUGGCAUGAUGAGGGACCUGCAGCAGCUCAACGAGGCCUACAGCAGCAGCCAGAACAAGACACAGCAGCCUGGAAAGCCCCACGUCAACAGCACCUGAGACGGAAAACCAACCCUUUUUCUAUUUUUUUAAUUUUUCUUCACUUGUCCUGUCGCUGCAUUUAAGGCGUGUCACAGAGCGAAGCUGGUGGCCUGCCUGUACCAGAGCAGUUUUGCUCUAUUAAAAAGGACAUCUCAAGACAGUAUCCGAAUCGCGCAAUUGACUUUAACGAAUCCGGACUGGACCCUAUACGUGAGAGUAAGCAGCCCACGUUGAUGUAAUGCUAACCUGUGUUUGUAUGACCUUCAACCACUUGGAUUAUUUGUGUAUCGGUGAACAUGUGUAGAAUUAAGUGUGUUUGUUUUGAGCGGGCGUAUGCGGGCGAGUUUGUCACUUGGAAUGGGCACAGUUGAAAGAGUGGCAAGAACGGUAGAAGGCCUCUGACACGCAGAACCCAAGAGCAGCAAAAGACAAGUCCACUCGGCUCUGGGCGGCCCCGGCAGUCCCAGGCAGACGGACACAAGAGGUGAGUCAGUGUGGCUCAGACGCAGCAGCCUCCAAACCCCCACUGUCCACCAGACCCCAUUAUACCCUCUCCUGCCCCAAGCACCCCCAGCCCACCAAGUUCAAGUUUAUUUUUUACAGCAUAUUUAAAACAACAGCAACUUUGACCAAAGCGCAGUAGACUGCAAGCCCCAGCCUCAACGGCCUCCGGCUCACUCACCGGACCGAGUACGACUGGGAGGCACCCCCUUACCCAGUGCACAGGCACCCAGCCUACCGGGAACCCCAAGCCGUUCAGCACCCGUCCCCAAAACACGCCCACACCCACAGUGCUGAGCUCAAUAAAUCUUCAAGGUUCAUCAGCAUUUCUGCUUCUUUUGUAUAUCAAAAUGUCAAAUGUGUUUGACCUGUAAACCUCUUUGAUAAUAAAAAAAAUAACACAAA